AUGACUUUUUUUGGCAGCUUCCAACUUCCCUUUAUUUCUACUUUUACCUACUCAAUUUUUAUGUCCUUCAUUUCUCUUUGAAUUUCUUGAAGAUUCACCUAGUUAAUAGGUAGGAAAGGGAAAAAAUAAUAUUUAUCAUAUAGAUUAUAAUCAUGGGAGAAGAAGAAUCAAGCCCUCCUGUUUCUCCACAAAAUUAUGAGCACAAAAAUGAAGAACCAAAAGAGAAAGUUGAAGAAAAUGCACUUUCCCUUGUUCCAACUAUACAUGAUAAAGAGAAAAUCUCUUCCCCUGUUCAAAAGAAGGAAACAGAUUCUGGAAUUCAGAAAAGCAUUGGUGGUUCCAAGGACAGAGAUACUGCCCUUGCAAAGGUUGAAUUACAGAAAAGAUUGGCUUUGAUCAAGGCAUGGGAAGAUAAUGAAAAAACAAAGGCUGAAAACAAGGCACUUAAAAAGUUGUCAGCAGUUGGAUCUUGGGAGAACACAAAAAAGGCAACUAUAGAAGCUGAACUGAGACAAAUUCAGGAAGAAUUAGAGAAGAAAAAGGCAGAAUACGCGGAGAAGAUGAAGAACAAGAUGGCUGAAAUUCACAGAGAAGCAGAAGAAAAGAGGGCUAUGAUUAAGGCGAAACAAGGCGAAGAUGUUCUCAAGGUUGAGGAAACUGCUGCUAAAUUUCGUGCUACCGGCAAUUUGCCCAAAAAGUUCUUGGCAUGCUUUGGCUACUAAAUUCUGUUCAUAUUUUGUUUAUUUGUGUUGGUUGGGUUUAAUUGCUUAAUGUUCCUUUUGUGUAUAGACUAUAGAACAAACUCUUGUUUAUAUUCUUGAUAGAACAAUCAUGUGUGAUAAACAUACACUUGUUAAGUUGGUUCAAUUUUAGUUGUUACUAUUGUGGUAAAGAGUACAAACAAUAGAAAGGGAAUAAGGGUAUCCCGAUGCACAUU